AUGGCCAGCCGCAUUCUCCUCAUCAACGGUCCCAACCUGAACCUCCUGGGUACCAGGGAACCCCAAACCUACGGAUCGACGACGCUCAGUGAUGUCGUCUCCAUGGCCGAGAAGCAGGCGGCCGAUCUCAAAGUACACAUUGAGAACUUCCAGUCCAAUCACGAGGGCGCCAUCGUCGACCGCAUCCACGAGGCCAGGGGCAACAUUGACGCCAUCGUCAUCAACCCCGCCGCCUUCACGCACACCAGCGUCGCCAUCCGCGACGCUCUCCUGGGUGUCGACAUCCCCUUUGUCGAGAUUCACAUCUCCAAUGUCCAUGCCAGGGAAGCUUUCAGGCACCACAGCUACUUCAGCGACAAGGCGGCCGCCGUCAUCUGCGGGUUGGGAGUGUACGGAUACACGGCUGCCAUUGAGUUUGCGGCGAAACAUUUGAAGAUCAAGAAGGAAGUGAGGCUUUAG